AGAUAUGAAAAAUGCUGUAAUUGGAAACAACAAACAAAAAGCCAACUUGAUUGUUUUGGGAGCAGUUCCAAGGUUGCUGUAUUUACUUCAGCAAGAAACCUCCAGCACAGAAUUGAGAACAGAAUGCGCAGUGGUCCUCGGGAGCCUUGCAAUGGGUACAGAGAAUAAUGUCAAAUCCCUACUAGACUGCCAUAUUAUCCCAGCCUUAUUGCAAGGAUUACUGUCGCCAGAUUUGAAGUUUAUUGAAGCUUGCUUGCGAUGUCUCCGUACCAUCUUCAUUAGUCCUGUCACUCCAGAGGAUCUCCUAUACACAGAUGCUACAGUUAUCUCCCACCUGAUGGCCCUGCUCAGCAGGUCUCGAUACACACAGGAGUACAUAUGCCAGAUCUUCUCACAUUGCUGCAAGGGCCCAGAUCACCAGACAAUCCUAUUUAACCAUGGAGCUGUUCAGAAUAUUGCACAUCUGUUAGUUUCCACCUCCUACAAAGUUCGAAUGCAAGCAUUGAAAUGUUUCUCAGUCCUUGCCUUUGAAAACCCACAGGUAUCAAUGACUCUUGUAAAUGUGUCAGUGGAUGGAGAAUCAUUACCACAGAUUUUUGUGAAGAUGUUACAAAGGGACAAGCCUAUUGAAAUGCAGCUCACAUCAGCCAAAUGCCUUACUUCCAUGUGCAGAGCUGGAGCAAUAAGGACAGAUGAUUCCUGCAUCGUUCUUAAGACUCUGCCAUGUUUGGUUCGAAUGUGCAGUAAGGAAAGACUGCUGGAGGAGAGGGUGGAGGGAGCAGAGACACUGGCCUACCUGAUAGAAACAGACGUGGAGCUCCAGAGGAUCGCCAGCAUUACCGACCACCUCAUCGUCAUGCUUGCUGAAUACUUCAAGUAUCCCAGCUCAGUGAGUGCCAUCACUGAUAUCAAAAGGCUGGACCAUGAUCUGAAGCACGCCCACGAGCUGCGCCAGGCUGCUUUCAAGCUCUACGCCUCCCUGGGAGCAAACGAUGAAGAUAUCCGAAAAAAGAUCAUUGAGACAGAAAAUAUGAUGGAUCGUAUUGUUAAUGGCUUGUCUGAGUCUAGCAUCAAGGUGCGACUAGCUGCAGUCAGAUGUUUGCACAGUUUGUCUCGUUCUGUACAGCAGCUCAGGACAAGUUUUCAGGAUCAUGCUGUAUGGAAACCUUUAAUGAAGGUUUUACAGAAUGCUCCCAAUGAAAUUCUCAUAGUAGCAUCUUCCACGCUAUGCAAUCUUCUUCUGGAAUUCUCUCCAAGCAAGGAGCCUAUUUUAGAAUCAGGAGCCAUAGAACUUCUAUGUAGUUUAACACAGAGUGAAAAUCUUGCCCUGCGUGUGAACGGCAUUUGGGCUUUAAUG